CCAAUUUAAAAAGGAGCAUUUUGUUGGCCCAACUGUUGCUGGGAUGCAAACUCGGUCCCAAUAUGGGGAGAUGGAAGGUGACAGGUGGGUUAUUAAAAUAACAACAGGGGACAACAUUUUUCUAGUGGGGGAGAAGGUAUGUCAAAUAAAAAACAUAGUGAAAAAUGAUAAUGGUGUGUAUGCAGUGUACUCAGAAUUUACUCAGCAGUCUCCAUUCUAUACAUAUCCAUUCAACUCUGAAAGAGUAGGGGUCUAUGAGGUAGCAAAUCUGUCUGAGGAACUCCAGUCAGUUGAGGUGGCAGGGCUGCAACAAAAAUAUGUAGCCUUCCCACACAAACAUGGUUUUGUGGCCAUACCCCUCCUCCACUAGACCAAAUUUCAAAAUCAAUCAGUUCAAUCAAUCAGUUCUUUAUUCAGUUCAAUCAGUUCUAAAUGACUAAUGACUUUGACUAGUUCUACCACUCUGGAUGUUUAUUGCCGUAAGUAUUUUAUAAAAAGGUGAAAUCUACUGUACAAUAAAACCUGUGGUGUCAAUAAUAGGCACACAAUAGUCCUAUGAACAUAUAUUUCCCAAUGCAAUACACAGUAAAAUGAGUUACAAAAUUAGUUACAAAAGUGGUGGCAAUAUGUCUUUGAUCCCUGGCUGAUUUUGGUUAGCCACUGUUGUCAUCUCCAGCUAUCGUAUCUAAAAAUUCAAUAUUUUGAAAAUGAAAAAAAGUAGAAUUUACCAAGUGUCCUAACUUCAACUGAGUUGGGGGUUUGUAUGUGAAUUGCUUUGAUAGGACAUGACAAUUCAUUCAGUUAAUAGUACAAUUAUGACUUCCACCCUGACAAUGAUGUUAUUAAGUGAGGUAUAGCAGGGACUCCACUCAAACUUGACUGCUAAGACUUGCUUGUUGUCAUGACCUGAGCUCCAUGCUAUUACUUUUUGGUGAUUAUUUUUUCUUUCUGCCUAUAUGUAGUAUGCCUUUCAACCUCAUCUCCUUCACCGCCACGAACGACAUCGCUGUGGUGCCAGACAGCUGGUGUGACGAUGGGGAGGUGUCCUGGCCAAGUUUCAAAAGCUCUGACCGAAUUAAAAGAGCUGUGGCUAACUGUGAGGAGCCAGAGCCAAACUGGCUCCAAUACGAUAUGCGGGUCAUCAAAAGCUGUGCCCACUAUAAGGAUGCUGAGGCGAUGCUCGGGUCCUAUGGGGAAGGCUGCAACACUUCCGAGCUGCAGACGGAUGCAGAGCUGGAGACAUGUCUGCCAUCUAAGCGUCCUAGGAGGGCAGUCCAUCGUUUUGGAGAUGACACCUCCAGCGAUGAGGACAUGGGGGCACCUGAAGGUGUGUCCCAGCUUCAAAGCUCCCCUAUCAUCCGAGGAACUGCUUCGAAGCAGAGGAUGACUCAUGGAACAGCACCAGCACCCGCACUCUCACCACCUCCUGAAGCGCCAAGAUCCAGCGUAGCAAGGCAUGGAGGAAUAAACCAUGAUGCCCCCUGCUCUGGUGUGUCCCAGCUUCAAAGCUCCCCUAUCAUCCGAGGAACUGCUUCGAAGCAGAGGAUGACUCAUGGAACAGCACCAGCACCCGCACUCUCACCACCUCCUGAAGCGCCAAGAUCCAGCGUAGCAAGGCAUGGAGGAAUGAACCAUGAUGCCCCCUGCUCUGCGUUUGAGGUCCAGAAAUUGACGCUGCUCCAGAAAAUCGUUCACCAGAACGAGCAGAUUCUGGCUAAAUUGGAUUUCCUGGCAAGCCGCCAAAAUUGCCCCACGCCAGAGAUGACAGGACCUGAGAUUUCCAACGUUCAAUUUCCCCUGGAGGACCUACAGGCAGUAGAUGCCUUUGAAGAUCUACUUAAAGACCAGGCCAAUGCCUCCACUCGACAGCAAAUUAUAUCUUCUUUAUCGAUAAUCGGAGGCCAGGACCUGAAGAGGAUAACCUGGAACAUCCUUGGUCGAAUAUUCGGGGUUGCUGUGGCCCACCAGAUAAACUGGAAGGGGGUGAAUUCAAAGAGGGCUUUCAGCCGGAUGGCCAUUAGGCCUCUUCUUUUCUGUGCCGUGAGGAAAAACCCAAUUGCCUGCAAGUCUGCAAUGGACGAAGACAUCAGCAAGCACGCCAUACGUUGGUUUAAUUUAGCUGGGGAUCGGGCCACCAGGAAGGCGAAAGAGAUCAACAAUCAUUAAAUACAAUACACUAAAUACAACAGUUAUC